GAAGGCCUACGAAUUCUCAGAAGGCAGCCCUCUUUUUCUCCAUCUUCUCUUCACGCAAAUGACGGGGAUUUGGGCCUGUUCCCGGGAAAGCAGUAUGUCCUUCACGUCAGGCUUGUCGGGCUCGUUAAAGGAAAAAAAGCGCCUGCCAGUUGGUGUGGGCUCUGUGACAGUGAUCAGUCCGUUGGAGCUGAUCCGUACUAAGAUGCAGUCCCAGAGAAGUUCGUACAGGGAGCUGAGUGAGGUUAUCCACUCUGCAGUACGCAACGAGGGCUGGCGGUCUCUCUGGAGGGGCUGGGGACCCACACUGCUUAGAGACGUGCCCUUCUCAGCCAUGUACUGGUAUAACUAUGAGAAGGGGAAGGCGUGGCUGUGUAAGCACAACAACAUCAGAGAGCCAACGUUUGCCAUCACCUUCAUAUCCGGAGCGGUGUCAGGAUCAAUCGCUUCCAUAGUAACUCUUCCCUUCGACGUCGUGAAGACCAGGAGGCAGGUGGAGAUAGGGGAACUCCAGGCUAUGAAUUUGUCGUCCAAGGCCUCCUCCUCCACUCUCAGUGUGAUGACCAAGAUUGUGGCUGAGAACGGCGUGGGUGGACUGUUUGUAGGUUUCCUGCCCAGGGUGAUCAAGGUGGCCCCAGCCUGUGCCAUUAUGAUCAGCUGUUAUGAGUUUGGGAAAGCCUUCUUCCGCAAGCACAACCAGGAGAGGCUGCUGACCAGCAACACCUGACCUGACUAGGCCCUCUCACACACACAAACCACAACCAUAGACAAUACCAAGAACACAAUCAGCCAUCGCCAACAGUAGGUAUUGGCUACCUCUACCUUUCCCUGGGUCCUUAGAGAUUUUCAGGUGUAACUUUGCAUGCCUGUGUCCUCCCAGCUGCUUAGACACCAACACCCCUCACUGUUAUAAAGUGUUCAAGUGUGAUAUGUCAUGUAACUAGCUAGAAGUAGCUAAUGUUGGUGUUUAGGACCUAAGAACGCCAGGACUUGAUUCUGUUCCAAAGCAGGAAAUACUGGCAGACAUGAAAACAAAUGUUGAAGACAAAUAUUUGUAGGUAAUCAAUAUUAUUCAUAUUUUAUCUUAUAUUUCUCAAUCAAGGUAUACUGCACUAAAUCACCAUACUAAUUGUGACAAGAGAAAAUAGUAAAAGUGCACAGAUUGUAUUUGAAAUAUAUAUAUUUUUUUGCCAAAUCAUGAAGGUAUUAUCAUUUUCAUAACUACUUAAAAAUUAUUUAUUGUGCACCCAUGGUAAAAUAUCAUGUUAUGAAGUGCAUUUAAUUACACUGGCCUGUAGGUGGUAUCAGAGACUUGUCUGUAACCAGAAACUGGGUGGGGUCAUUGGACAAGUGUUUUAUCCCAUUACGUUAGUUAUUGAGGUAUGGGGGUUGUGUGCACUGUGCCAUCUGGGGUCUGACAGUAAUAAUAAUCAUUUGAUGGAUGCGUAUAUUUGUCCUGUUUCACACAUGUACACGUGUGUAUUAUACCCAUGUCUGAAAUGGAUAUCCCGACUCCUCCUGAGACACCCUCGGAGAGUGGAGUCAGGGACAGUAGAGACGAGUGUCAAAGCUGUGGAUGAGGCGGGAUAACUUCUGGUUAGUAGUCUCUGUCCCGCAGAACCCCCUCUCAUUCCCUGCUGCUUUCUCUCUCAAUUCAUGACCCUAACGCUAUCACCUCAUUCUCAACCCUAUUGGAAGAGAAGGCCCAAGGUCCUUCAGGAUACAUGUUCUGUUCAGUGCCAGACUGCCAGUUUAAACCUGAAAUUCAACUCUUAACUUGCACCUCUUCCAGAAUCCCAUAUUCAAUCCCCAGUCAGCCAGACAUGGACUAUGAACUGUGACAACCUGUACAUGUUCUCAAAACAUGUAGCAAUGAUAUAUAUUUCUAUUGUUUAAUAUAUUCAAUGAUCACCUGCAGUGACACGUUUUCCAACUUUGUACAGAAAUACAUAGAAUAAAAGUCACAUUUUGACAUUUGAA